AUGGCCGAAGGCCUCUACGACUUGACGCCGACAGGGCGAGUCCGAAGGCCUGAUAUUGCCCUAUUCUGCAAGUGGAUAGUCGAGGCAUGGAAGGCCAUUCCAGGUGAGAUGGUGCGGAAAAGUUUCAAAAAAUGCUGCAUCACAAACAACAUGGAUGGAACCGAAGAUGACCUUGUGCAUAACAGUGAGGACUGCGGCUCAAGUGAUAGCUCCAGCGAGAGCAGUGACAGUGAACUUGAUGCAGUUGCGCUGGAUGCUGAGCUUCAAGAGAAGCCUCUGGCUGACCUUAAACGGUUGGCAACCAUGUUGCACACUGGCUGUGAGCAGGCCAUGAAGGAGAACCAGGCAUCUGCUGCAAACACCGACACUCCAGAUGCCAACAACGGAGGUGCACCGGGGCGACGGAGACACCAGCGCACAACCUUCAAGCUGUCUGGCGUGUCGGUGAACGCCAAGUCGGUGCUAGCCAGCUACCAAGAGCUCAGUGUGCUAGACUCUAUGCUACCAGUGAGUGCGGAAGAGCGAAGGCACUGGACAAUAGAUUUGCCCACCAAGGAUGCCCACUUCGACACACCGUGGUCCGUGGCUGAGGAUUCUGCUCUGCUCAGGGGCAUCUACGAGCACGGCAUGGGCAGCUGGGAGUCCAUUAAGAUGGACCCCAACUUGGGUCUCACUAACAAGAUCCUUCCGGACGGUGAGGAGCUGAAGCCUCAGUGUAAGCACCUGCAGAGCCGUGCCGACUACCUUCUCAAGCUGUUGCGCAGGGUGCAUGCUCGGCAGAUGGCACUGAAGGAGGGAAAGGAAAAGCCAAAGCGAAACCGAAAAGCCCGUCCAGAAAAGGUCCAUCUCAGCAAAGCUAUUGUUGACAAUGAUGACAGCAAUGACAGUGACACUGCUAUGUCUUCCAAAUCACGCAAAUUCAAAGUAAAGACAGAAGAUGACAGCCACCAAAACAAUGCUCUAGCAGUUAUUGAUGGUGUGGCCAAGGGUCUCAACAUCAGCCCCAGUGUGUCUGUGCCCGAUUCCAAGCUUGGUGCCGACGGUGGAGGUCCAAAAGCAAAGCGAAAAAAGAAGGAAAAGGAUAAGGACAAGGUCAAGGAUGGCAAGGACAAGGACAAGGACAAAAAGAAGAAGAAGAAGGUUGGUCCACUGAGCCUACUCCACGAAGGUGCAGCGGAAGGUGCAAAGCCCAAGGUGAAGAAGGAGAUGCCCGCAAUGCACUAUACUGCCAAUGCUGCACCGCAAGUCAUAGAAGCCACUGGUGACCUGGACUUGCUGCUGUUCAAUGAGUGCAAGGAGAAGAUGCGGCCAGUGAAGCGGGCUCUCAAACAGCUGGACACGCCCGACGCCUCAAUGAAUGAUGACGAACAAGUAAACCACACCCGGCUCUGUCUGCUGAAAAUUGGUGAACACAUCAAUGAAUGCUGCAAUGAGUACUCGGACCCAGAAAAGGCAAAGCAAUGGCGUUCCCAUCUGUGGUCAUUUGUGGCCAAGUUCACAGAACUGGAUGCCAAGGCAUUGUUCCGACUGUAUCGGCAUGCACAAAAGAAAAAUGAAAGUGCCGAUAAAUCUGCUGAUCGCACCAAGGACACCGACAAGAAGGACCACGACAAGAGGCCAAGACUACAUGAUGAGGGGAGCCAGCCUGGCAGUACUCACAGCAGCAUUCAUGGAAGUGGGCACGGCAGCCAUCACGGCAACAGUGGACAGCACGGGAGCAGCAGUCAGCAUGGUUCCAGUCAGCACAGCGGCAGCCAGUAUGGCAGCAGUAGUCAGCAUGGCGGGCAACAUGGCAUCAAGAGGCACGCUGAGGACGACCACAAGAGGCCUAACAAGCGACCACACGACGACAAGCCACGGGACAAAAGAAAUGACGGCGGUGGCAGCAACAGUCACAGCAAAGGUGGUGGUGGCAGCAGUGGUGCAUAUCGUGACCGGGGUAGCAGCGGCUACCAGAAGGGCUCCAACAGCUACAACCACCCUCCCCACCGACCGUCAUCAUUCCAGCAGGGUCAAGAACGCUGGAACCACGAGAACCCUGCAUCCGGCUGGGAUAGGUAUAACAAUGAUUACAACAAGCAUGACCCAUACCGUCAUUACCAGGGAAAUCGUGUAGAUGAUCAGGCCUACAAACGAGACAAAGAUCCCAGGACACAACAUCCUGACAGAAGGUACCAUGGUGGAAGUGGAGGCAGCAACUUUGGGCCAUAUGGUAUACCACCAGUAGCAGCGGCAUCGGUACCUUACGCAGCUGGUUAUGGAGCAGUACCAGUGCCAACCGGCACUCUUCAACCACCGGGCGCAAUGCCUGAACACCACACAAGCCCUUUGGGCCCCUACAGCCCUUACCAAGGGCACGCAGACUCAUGGAGGCGGAAAGAACGUACCAACAGCGGAGGAAGUGGUGGCUACUCGCGACCCCCUGGUGGCGGUGGCCAUUUCGAUCGACCACCCGAUGCACCUAAGCACGUCUAGGUGGCAUUCUACAUGAGUCGUGGGCUUCUGUAAUGCAUCAACGUCGCACGCUGCCAGAAACUGCUGUCCUGUUUGGCAGCAAAGUGAGCUAAAGCCUUGACAGUCUUCUGGCCUCAUCAAGACAGCUUUCGUCAGUAGCCAGACUCCCACUGCAACACCUGGGAGUUGACCUCGGUUUUGGACUCUUGGAUCUCUCCGCAGCUUUGCUGGCUCAACAAAUUUACCUUAAGGGAUGUGUUCGGAAAGCAAGCCAGUGCAGCAUACACAGCUUGUGGGAAGGGGGGGGGGGGACCGUUUCUUCUAGGGCAGUACUGCUUGGACAUCUUGCAUCGAAUGCACGAGGUGCCAUGGUGUAAACUUCAGAUUGUGCAGCCAGUCUGGUCAUCAAUGCUGUGUUGUCACAAAGGUUAAACGUCUUUUGUACAUUUUUUUUCCUGUGUUUUCUCAGUACUGUGUUAACCCAUGCAUUUUCUUUUUUGACUGGCAGCCACUUAUUGCCUUUUCUAAUGCAUUCCAGCUUCUUGAAAUGAAUCUUGGCAGUCUGUGAUUCGCUGUGUGGCACUGGAGAGACACUGCCUGCAAGCAGCAGUGUUUGCCGUAAAAUUGCGGUUGGCAAAGUACUUCGCGAAGCCGUGCCACAUGUAGUUACUAUCAAGGAGGUCCGAGUCUCUUGGCGUGUAUUUCUCCAUUCAAGCUGCGGCCAUGGGACAGGAUCAAAGUUUACAGGAUGGAAUGAUUUUGUCGAUUUCCACCACUAUCCUUCUGCAUUUGGGCACACCUUUGUUGCUCCUUUUGUUGUUAAGGCCGCAUCCGCUGUGAUCGGCCGCCAAACAGGCCCAGGCCACAUUUUGUUCAGAGUUGGCUUUCCUGAGCAGUUCCUGUCGCAUAAAGCCGAGAGUUGUUGGGCAUAUGCCGUGUAGAUAGUUUAUAUUUCUUGUUCAGAGCUUUACACAGCAAACACGCGUUUAUUGCAAAAAUGCAUGCACAAGUCAUCAGUGGCCAAAGACGGUAUUGCUAAUCGCACAAGAAACGAGACACUUGGGUUGCACAUGUGCCACGGCGUCUCUGUG